UAAUCUGUCUUUCGUUUUAGAAUUCAGAACCUAGCAUCGGUUUAUUACAUUAAUUUGUUUAAUGUAGAUUUCAAUGUUUGUGUAAUGUUUUAAAAUAUCUGCGUUCUCAAUUUCUCCUACAUAUAAGAAGAACUAUAUAAUUCGAACAGAGUUACUUUGUAUAUUAUAAUAAACACCAUUUUGAAAAUGACGGUGGACGGUGAUGAUAAACCCCAAAGGGACCGUGUGUUUAUGGAUAUUUCGAUUGGUGGCUUGCCGUCCGGUCGUAUAAUAUUUGAAUUAUUUAACGAUAUAGCACCUAAAACUGCUGAGAAUUUUCGUUCACUAUGUGCUGGAGACAUGGGCAUUGGAAAAAAUACAGGAAAACCUUUAACUUAUAAGGGUAUGGUCUUUCAUCGAGUGGUGAAAGACUUCAUGAUACAAGGUGGUGACUUUACUCAUGCCAACGGAACUGGUGGUGAAUCAAUUUAUGGAGGGACAUUUGAAGAUGAAACUUUUGAGCUCCAACAUGAUAGACCAUAUUUGCUGUCCAUGGCUAACAGGGGCAAGGACACAAAUGGUUCACAGUUCUUUAUAACAACACAGCCGGCGCCCCAUCUCGACAAUGUGCACGUAGUGUUCGGGCACGUGGCGGGCGGCGCGGCGCUGGUGCGCCAGCUGGAGGCGCUGGCCGUGGACCGCAACGCGCGCCCGCUGCAGGACGUCGUCGUCGCCAACUGCGGCCAGCUCGUGCGCCUCAAGCCCGGCAAGAAGCGUAAGCAAGAAAAGGAAAAAGAGAAGGAGAGUGGGGAGGAAUCGGACCAGUCCCACAAGAAAGAUAGGAAGAAGAAGAAGGACAAGAAGAAGAGACGCCAUUCAGACCGUUCAGCCGAUGAUGAGGUCCCCGAAGCGCCAUCUCAUCCCCUGGUCACAACAUCUAAGAUAGACCCGAGGGAGAUACCUGAAGUACCAACUAACAGGUUUCUCAUGAGAGGGGGUCGUGAUCAAGACAGAGAUAAUAGGAAUGACGCCAGGAGGGACCGAGAAAGGAUGCAUUACCGUGAAAGGGAACGUCACUCUUACACCCGCAGUGGGAGAAUCAUAAAAGGUCGUGGAGUAUUUCGCUACCGCACGCCGUCCCGCUCGCGCUCGCGCUCGGCCACGCCGCCGCACUGGCGCCAGGCGCAGCGCCGCAUCGUCAAGCUGCAGCACGUCGAGAUUGAACGCAGGCCUAUAGAACUGGAGAGACCAAAGAGCAAAGUGGCCGUGCAGCAUCACAGCAAAGAAGGAGAAGAGGGCACUCCUGAGAGACCGCGGGAGAAAGAGGAGGGAGAGUGUGAUUCAACUUUAGAUCAAUCUCGUCACGAGAAGAUAGAUUACAACGCGUUGGACUUCGAAGAGGAUAUAGAACACGACGAUCGCGUGGCGGGCUCGGAGCGCGCCGAGCUGCUGGCGCGGGCGCUCGGAGUCAACCCCAAGCGGCACGACGAGUGGCGCGGCGAGGCGCGCUCCCCGCGGCGCGGCCCGCAGUCGGCCGUGGCCGCCGUGCCGCCGCCCGCCGCGCCCGCCGCGCCCGCCGCGCCCGCGGGGCCGCCCGGGGAGUACGACCCCUUCAGUCUGCUGCGCAGCACCUUCACCAAGAACAGGCCCGCCAGUAGGAAAGAAGAACGUCCAGAGAGGUACGAUAAACACAGAGAAGAGAAACAAUUACGUGACAAGCACAGAAACGAGAGGGAGCAAAAAUACUCGGAACACGACGACAAGACCAGGAACUCGAAUAGACAGCACCCGAAGGAAGAUAGGCGUCAACCAGACGACGAAAGGAAGUCGAGCGAAAGGGAACGAAACAAGGAACGCAGGGAUCGCACCGAUGUCGCGAAAGACAAUCUUAAAGAGGUGCCUUUGGAAAGACAGAAGUCCAGAGAGGAUAAGCGCGAUAGGUCUAGGGAGAGGUAUUGGUCCAAGGAGAGGAGCGAUAAGAGGGAGAAGGACGAUAGGAGGGAGAGGUCGAGGGAGAAAGAUAGGAAUAGAGAUGACAAGAAGAAGAAUGAUAAGGACAGGAAGGCUAACUCGGCGAAUGUUAAGGAUAGAUCAAAAUCACCAACUCCUGAACGCAAACAAUCGUCGGAUCGCAAGUCUACGGACGAAGAAAAGAAAAAGGAGGAAGAAAGGAACGAGGCUCGCAAGGAGCUGAUGGAGAUAGUCCGUCUCAUCAAGUCGAGGCAACGCGAGCGGGAAAGUAAAGCCUCAGAGACUAAGAAGAAACGUCGUUCGUCGAGCUCGUCCUCGGACUUGGACGACCGAGACAAGCGUCACCGCAGUCGGAGCAGAGGGGCCCGCCCGCGCCGCUCGCGCAGCCCCCGCAGCCCCCGCAGCCCGCGCAGCCCCCGCGCGAGGCGCGCCCGCCGCUCCGGCUCGUCCGACUAAUGCAUUGCCAUUACAUAACACAUCAAUUGUUCAAUUUUAAAUAGUGUCCGACUGAAACUGGUUUUUACGACCAAAACCGAAACUGAAUUUCGGCAAAGGUCUCAGUUUCGACCGAAACCGAAACUUUUUACAGGAAUCAUGUUUAGAGGGAAAAUAGAGAAAACAUAAUGAUAAUUAUCGGGCUUUUUUAAUUUUUUUCUUAAAAUCACAUAGUUUUAAAAAUGCGUUAAAUAGUAACUUAAAUACUUACUUAAGUUGUUACCUAAUAUCACAA